CCCUACUUAUCUCUAGGGCUAAAAUCUCCAACGCCAUGGAUGCUGCUGGACCUUCGCAUCGCGACUGGGAGGAUCCCGCGGUGUUCGGCAAGAACAAGCGCAAUCCUCACGUUCCGCUCUACUCGCAUUCCAGCGUCCAAGAGGCUGUGGAUUUCUGGAUUGCGCGCAGCCAGGCCGAUCGGGAGCUCGCCAAUUCAGCUGUGUGGGACGACGAUGCCGUCCCAGCUGCGCUCGAUAGCGCCAGGUUUUGGUGUGAGGGAGCCUCGUCUUUGAUCUCACUCAGUGGCUAUUGGAAGUUUUUCCUUGCUUCCAAGCCCGAGAGUGUGCCGCAUUGGUUCUACAAGAAUCAAUUCAAUGACAGCAGCUGGAAGACACUGCCCGUUCCAUCGAAUUGGCAGAUGCAUGGAUACGACACGCCAAUCUACACCAAUGUUACGUAUCCUUUUCCUUUUGAUCCACCGCUGGUACCUCGAGAAAAUCCAACUGGAUGCUAUCGAAGAUCAUUUGUUGUCCCCCCCGAGUGGGCUGGACGAAGGGUGUUUUUAAGAUUUGAGGCCGUGGAUUCUGCGUUUUAUGCUUGGGUGAAUGGUGCUCUUAUUGGCUACAGUCAGGACAGCCGUCUUCCAUCCGAAUUUGACAUAACAAGCCUCUGCACAGAAAAGGAAAAUAUUCUAGCUGUUCAAGUGAUGCGAUGGAGUGAUGGAUCGUAUCUUGAAGACCAAGACCACUGGUGGCUAUCUGGGAUUCACCGAGAUGUGAUACUGUUUUCAAAGCCGCAAGUCAUGAUCAGCGAUUAUUUUGUGAAAACUCAUCUUACCAGAGACCUGAAGCAGGCAACUGUAGAGGUGGACGUGUCGAUUGAAGGAGCAACUAAACUAACAAAAGAGAUGGUUUUACGCGUGAGUGGAUUUCUUUUUGACCCAGUCGAGAGUGAACAGCAGGAGCCUGAAACCAUUCCCACUAAAGUCGUGGACAUUAUCUCUGCUCAUCACGGACGAACAGUGCUGACAAUUUCUGUCGACAAUCCAAAGCUGUGGUCUGCAGAAAAGCCAAGCCUGUACACACUGGUAGUGGUCUUGGAGGAUAACAAUGGAGGUACUGCUGAUUGCGAAUCCUGCCGAGUUGGAAUCCGGCAGGUUUCAGCUCAACCAAAAGGACUGUUGGUGAAUGGUCAACUCGUGACCAUAUGCGGUUUCAACAGGCAUGAACAUCACCCACGCCUGGGAAAGACAAACGUGGAAGCAUGUAUGGCGAGGGAUAUCGUUCUCAUGAAGCAGCAUAAUGUGAAUGCCGUCAGAAAUAGUCAUUAUCCGCAGCAUCCUCGCUGGUAUGAGCUGUGUGACCUCUUUGGACUGUACGUGGUGGACGAGGCAAACAUUGAAACUCAUGGGUAUGAGCUCAUUGAAUCGACCCUUCGGAAACACCCGGCUGGCGAAGCAAUGUGGACACACGCACUACUUGACCGCUUUGUCAACAUGGUUGAAAGGGAUAAAAACCAUUCGUGCAUCAUCAUAUGGUCUCUUGGUAAUGAAUCGGGAUACGGACCAGCGCAUGAUGCCAUGGCUGGUUGGGCUCAUUGUCGAGAUCCCACGAGAUUAGUGCAGUAUGAAGGGGGUGGCUCAAGGACGUCUGCAACGGAUAUAAUAUGCCCCAUGUAUAUGCGUGUCUGGGACACAGUGAAGAUUGCGAACGACACUUCUGAACUUCGGCCUGUUAUUCUAUGCGAGUAUUCGCAUGCCAUGGGAAAUAGCAACGGGAACAUUUAUAAGUACUGGCAAGCUAUUGACACCACCUAUGGGUUGCAGGGUGGCUUUAUAUGGGAUUGGGUUGAUCAGGGCCUCAUACAAACGGAAGGUGGCUCAAGACGUUGGGCAUAUGGUGGUGAUUUUGGAGAUACACCCAAUGAUCUCAAUUUUUGUGUCAACGGUCUCGUCUGGCCGGACAGAUCUCCACAUCCAGCUCUUGAAGAGGUGAAAUAUUGCUAUCAACCUUUAGGGAUACAUAUUGAUGGCGAUGAAAUUGAGAUCUGGAACAAACGCUCCUUUACCACUUCAGAAGAUCUGGCUUUUGAAUGGAGUUUAUCAACUGAUGGUUCCCUUUUGAAAAGUGGCUCCUGGAAUGUACCACCUAUUGAACCUAGGGAGAAGUACAGGAUGCCUCUAAAAGCUGGGCCUUGGUCUUCUCUUUGCGACGAUAUAUUGGGAAGCGAUGUGACUUUGACUAUUACAGCUACACUUGCAGCAUCAACGCGAUGGGCCUGUGCAGGACAGGUCGUUGCGUCACAACAAUGUUUUUUACCUUCAAAGCAGCCUUAUUCAUUACAGACAGUCAAGUUUUCGGAUCCUUUGUCUACUGAUAUUUCCACGAGCACGGUGGUAGUGGCAAUACCUCAGCAUAGUUGGGAGCUUAAAUUUGACAGAAGUACUGGACGCUCUUCUUGGAGGCUGGGGGACAUGCUUUUGAUGUCCAAAGGGCCUCUCCCUUGCUUUUGGAGGGCUCCAACAGACAAUGACAAAGGUGGUGACAAGAGAAGCUACGCAUAUCGAUGGAAGGCAUUCGGGUUAGACCGCCUAGCAAUCACUGGGACAACUGGUUUUCAGGCGAAGCAGCUGUCUUCUCAUUUAGUUUUGUUGGAGGGGGUGCUUUUCAUAGAACCAGAAUCAGGGAGCGGGGACGAAAAGAGGGAGAUAUCAAUAAGAUCGAAGGAAGAUGGGACAGACUGGUUCAAGGUUUCAGUGAGCUACAUGAUUUACAGCAGCGGCGACUUCGUUGCACAGUAUAAAGUUGAAGCAAAUCCGAAGCUUCCGCCGUUACCAAGGGUGGGCAUCGUUUUCUCUAUAAGCAACGAGUGCAAUGCAGCGGAGUGGUAUGGACGAGGACCGUUCGAGUGCUAUCCCGAUAGGAAGGCAGCUGCUCAACUGGGAAUCUACAAGCAGAAGGUGUCUGACCUCCACGCCCCAUAUAUUGUUCCUGGUGAGUGCGGUGGACGCGCAGAUGUGAGAUGGCUGGCUUUCAAGAAUGUUGAGGGAGAUGCUGGUCUGUUUGCGAUGCCUUUCCAAGGAAGUCCUCCAUUGCAAAUGAGUGCCAGCAACUACAGUACAGAGGAGCUGGAUAGAGCAACUCAUGAAGAAGAGCUGAAUGCUGGACAGGACAUUGAGGUGCACCUUGAUCACAAGCACAUGGGUUUAGGUGGCGAUGAUAGUUGGAGUCCCUGCGUCCACGAUGAGUACCUCGUCUUACCACGAAAUUACGAGUUUGCGGUCAGGUUUUCGCCGUUAUCUCUAGCUGCGUCAUCACAGGAGUUAUACCGUCAGCGACUCUUACCAGAGCAAGUAUCACUCGAGCAGGCGAGCUAGAAAUCGGAGUUGAAGAACACAAUAAUGGCGCUCAUAUUCUUUGCCGCUAUUGCCACGCUCUGCCGUAUUGCUGUGGCAGUGUCCCC